GCGCGAUUUUUAUCAAUAUUUGAUAAUGUUCAUACGUGGAUGCAAUAAAUAUUCAUUGUGCGAUCUAGCCACGCGUUUACCGUAAACGUCGCCUGAAAAUAGCGUAUUUUUGUAACGUCAUAAAAUAACGUUGCCUGCAAGGCUUUCGCCUAUGGCAACAUAAGUGUGACGUUAUAAUAAAACAUUGCUAAGAAGAUUGAAUAAAGUUGUGGAUCCACAGUACCCUAAUCACACAAGAUGUAUUUUGAUGAAGAAUUAAAAGUUCCCAGUGCAGUGCAGAGGAUCGGUCACUCUCUAAGCGGCAAACAGAAGGCUGUUAUUUUCGCUGUAGCAAGUUUAGCCGUCGGUUUUUUUCUAUAUAAAUCGUGGAGUAGUUGGAAACAGGGAAAUGAAGAAGACAGUGAAUUUUAUAGUCUUCAGCCAAGUAACUCUCCACGUCAAAAGAGAAUUUUAGUGGUUGGUCUGGAAAACACUGGUAAAACCACAUUUGUCAGGAGAUUCUGUAAGAGGCAGAAUGGAUCGAAUUCGUCGGAAGAAAAUUCAUUUGGGCAAUAUAUUAAACAACACUCAGUUAAAGUUGGUGAUUUGUCAAUCACUAUGUGGGAUGUUUGUGGUGCGGUAGAAAAUCGAGAAAUCUGGCACGAUGUUUUCAGAUUAGAAGAAGUGGAUUUUAUCAUCUUCUGUGUGGACUCUUCAUCGCAACAUACAUUUGUUGAGGCUAGGAAAGAACUACACAGAUUCCUGAAAAUAAAAGUCUUCAAGCAAACUCCAUUGAUUCUAUUAGCCACAAAACAGGAUAAAUCCAGUGCUGUGGAUCCAUACGCUCUGUACCUUUCCAUGAAUUUGGAGAAUUUCCAAGGGUCGCGACCAAUUCUUACCACAGGAAUCCAGGUCUCGACAUUUGGUCAAUCUAAAGGAUUCAUGGAGCUCUACAACCUUCUUUCAACCAUCGAUGAAUAAAAAGAAAUUUUGUAAAUCUAGAAUAUACAUUUCAUUUGAAAUGAAUUAAUUUCGGCCCAGAACACGUCCCCUGUUUUAUAUUUUUGGCUGUUGGCUGCUGGUAGGGGGCAUAAAUUGAUUAAUAUUCUCAAAUUUAUUCCCUUUGUUUUCAAACCCCCUCAUCCUUCAGCUAGCGGCUAAAAAUCUGAAAUAGAGGCUGUAAAAAAAGAGUAACUUCCAAGCACCUGAAGAUACUGUGCGACUGGUUUUCUCAGCUCGGCAGGCAUCAUUGUCGAAGAGUCCACAAAGCUUACAAUGUGUAUUUUGUAUUUUCAUUAUUUAUAUAUUUCAUUAUUUAUAUAUUUCAUUAUUUAUAUAUUAUAUUAUAUAUAUAUAUAUUUUCAUUAUUUUCAUAUUUUAUAUAUUUUAUAUUUGUUCAUUAUUUUAUUUCAUUGCUCUUUAAGAAAAGAAUUUGUUAAUAUUUUGAAUCAAUCAAUAAUAAUUAAAAGUGUUUCAAAAACUGAUAAUUUCGAUAAAUUUUUUAUGUAGGUCGUGUGGUAGGGAUAAUUUGAUUUCCGUUGUUGUUUUAUGAUUAUGAAAUAUUAAUUUUACAUUUUAUUAACAAUUAAUCAUGAGGUAUAAAAUAUGAUCAUUUAUUGUAAGUGAUUGUAAAGAGAUUUUCUACAUUUUUUGUGUGUAUGGGGGAAACUGAUAGCAUCAAUUGCACCAUUCCUAUUUUCAAUCAAACAUCUGUGGUUCCUGCAAUUCCACUAAAACUAAGCGUUUGAUGACUUCAAUAUCGCAAAAUCUGCUUAUAUCAAACGCUUAGUUUCAGCGGAAUUGCAAGAACCACGGAAGUCUGAUUGAAAAUUUGAAUGGAGCAAAUUGGUGUUAUACGUGUCUUCGAUACAUAUAAAAAUUUUAGAAAACCUAUUUACACUCCUCUAAACAUGUGUAAAUGUGUGUAUAAAUUAGAAUACAUAAAUCAUGU